UGUGUUUCCCCAGCCAGGCUCAGUGGGUAGGGUUUGAGGUAGCUUUCCCAGCACACUGAGGGAGGAUGUUUGUCCCCUCCUUCACCUCUCUGGGAAAUCUGUGCCAGCAGAUGAGGUGACUGGCUGGUGGUGCAUGCUGAGGCUGCCCAGGCGGGAUGUCCUGUGGGAUCCUGACAGCAGGCUGUCCGUGCUGCUUCCCACAGGCCAGUGAGCUUGUGUCCCCUGUUCCCAGGCUUUCGGAAGCCCCUGCAGAACUUCAGGAGGAAUGUCCCGCCUCAUUUUGCAGUGCUGGAUCUGCACCCUCCUGCACCCCUGCUGCACCUGCAGGUCCCUCUGAUCCCAUGUCCCAGUCUGCACCGCUGUCUGGGCUGCAUUUGGCAGGCAGGCUGGGAUGCAUCCUGGAGUUUGGCUGGGCUCAGGUGGCAAGCCAGCCGGGGAAAACCUCAGGCCUAGGGCUGCAGGGCAGCCCCUUUGGAGGACUUGAGUGGCUGGAAAAUCUUCUUGAAAAGGCUCUUUUCAGCUUCUGAAGAAUAUGAGUCAUGCACGGAUUGAACAAUCCCCUUCCUUCCCCUCUUCUCCCACACACCCAAAAUCCCCUGAGUGGGACCUGUAGCAACCACUGAUUCAGAAAUUCAUGGUAUGAGGGCACUGCAGAGUUGGAUAAGUUUGGGGUUUUCUCUUUUUUUUUUUUUUGUUUGUUGUCUCUUUCCAUCACUUAGCGAGAAGAAAUGUGGAUCAAGAAAACAUGCCCGGGGGCUCUGCUCUGAUCCUGCCCCUUUGCUAGAAGUCUCUGGUGAUUUCCCACAGCCAGGCAGACCUUGACCCCAGCGGGACCCCUGUCUGUGGUAGCUGGCAGUCCCCGCCGCGAUGCUGGGGCUGGAUGGGUUGCUGAGGCCUGCCUCUUCCUCCCCGGCCGGCGGCCGGUCCCGCGCAGACAUGGACGAGCACUUCCAGCCAUGCCUGGAUGGGAUUGACUAUGAUGACUUCAGUUUCGGCUCCCACAUGAUGGAGCAGAAGGAGCCCCUGAUGGAGACAGUGGAAGGUCCCUACAUUGUCAUCAUCGAGCAGCCAAAGCAGCGGGGGUUCCGUUUUCGGUAUGGCUGUGAGGGCCCUUCCCAUGGAGGGCUGCCGGGAGCAUCCAGUGAGAAGGGGCGCAAGACCUAUCCCACUGUCAAGAUCUGCAACUACACGGGGAUGGCCCGGAUUGAGGUGGACCUGGUGACACACAGCGACCCUCCCCGUGUGCAUGCCCACAGCCUGGUGGGCAAGCAGUGCAAUGAGGCCGGCAACUGCGUCACGAUCGUGGGACCCAAGGAUAUGACAGCUCAGUUCAGCAACCUGGGAGUGCUCCAUGUCACCAAGAAGAAUAUGAUGGAGAUCAUGAAGGAAAAGCUGAAGCAGCAGAAAAUGCGCAACAGGAGCCAUAUGCUGACGGAAGCAGAGCUGCGUGAGAUUGAGCUGGAGGCAAAGGAGCUGAAGAAGGUGAUGGACCUGAGCAUUGUGCGGUUGCGCUUCACUGCCUACCUUCGUGAUAGCAGCGGGAACUUCACACUGGCCCUCCAGCCUGUCAUCUCAGAUCCCAUCCAUGACAGCAAGUCCCCAGGAGCUUCCAACCUGAAAAUCUCACGGAUGGAUAAGACAGCAGGCUCCGUUCGGGGUGGGGAUGAGGUCUACUUGCUGUGCGAUAAAGUUCAGAAAGAUGACAUUGAGGUGCGUUUCUAUGAGGAUGACGAGAACGGCUGGCAGGCUUUUGGAGACUUCUCCCCCACUGACGUGCACAAGCAGUAUGCCAUUGUCUUCCGCACACCCCCGUACCACAAGCCCAAGAUCGACCGUCCAGUCACCGUCUUCCUGCAGCUGAAGCGGAAGCGGGGAGGGGACGUGAGUGACUCCAAGCAGUUCACCUACUACCCCGUGGUGGAAGAUAAAGAAGAAGUGGAGAGGAAGCGCAAGAAAGUCCUACCUCAGUUUCCCCAGCACUUUGGUGGGGGCUCACACAUGGGGGGUGCUGGUGGUGGGGCCGGGGGCUUUGGCUCUGGAGGAGGCGGGAACCUCAGCUUCCCCUACUCCCCGGGGCUGGCUUACAACAGCAUCUACUCACCUGGCCCCCACCCUGUGGGGGGCUACCAGGGGGGUGUGCAGAUGAAGGGCCCCGAGGCAGAGGGGCCUGGUAGCAACGGGCAGGUGCCUGCAGAGAGCACAUACUGCAAGGAGCUGCAGAAGCACGCCCAGCUCUGCCAGCUGUGGAUGCUGGCAUUGGCCCAUCGCAAUGCCCAUGCCCUGCUUGACUACUCUGUCACCGCUGACCCCCGUGUGCUGCUGGCAGUCCAGAGGCACCUGGCUGCAUCACAGGAUGAGAACGGAGACACGCCUUUGCACCUUGCUGUUAUCCAUGAGCAGACAGCUGUGAUCAAGCAGCUGAUUGAGGUGGUUGUUAGCAUACCAAGCCUGGAUAUCAUCAACAUCUCCAACAACCUGCAGCAGACACCACUGCAUCUGGCAGUCGUCACCAAGCAGCCCCAGGUGGUCCAGCUCCUGCUGCAAGCCCAUGCUGACCCCACCUUGCUGGACCGCUACGGCAAUUCCCUGCUGCACUUGGCACUCCAGACUGGUGAUGAGGAGGUGCUGAGGACACUGCUGGCCCACCUGGGCUCGGCUGCCCCUUACCUGCUCUGUCUGCCCAAUUUCCAUGGCCUCCUCCCUGUGCACUUGGCUGUGAAGGCAAAGAGUCUGGCCUGCCUGGACUUGCUGGUCAGGAAGGGAGCGGAUGUGAAUGCUGUGGAGAGGCAGGGUGGGAGAACCCCUCUGCACCUGGCUGUGGAGAUGGAGAACCUCAACAUGGCCACCCACCUAGUGAAGAAGCUGGGAGCAGAUGUCAACAGAAGGACUUUUGCCGGGAACACCCCCCUGCACCUGGCUGCUGGCCUGGGCUCCCCCACCCUCACCAAGCUGCUCCUCAAAGCCGGGGCAGAUGUGCUGUGUGAGAAUGACGAGCCCGUGAGCCCGUCCUCAUCAGAGGCCAGCAGCGACACGGACGCCGACUCCGAGGAGCAGGAGCAGGCCAUGGAGCUGGGGGAGCUGCUCCCAGCCGUGGAGCACAGCACCAACCCCGAGCCCCCUGUGCAGGGUCAUGGGCAGGCAGGGCACAGGCUGCGCCGCUGCCACGCACCCCUGGACCUCACUCGGAGCCAGAAGGUGCGGGAGAUCCUGCUGCAGGCCUCCCAGCAGAGCCCCACGGCAGAGCUGCCCACAGCCCCCCAGCCAGGGAAGGUCCUGUCGCUGGACAGUGAGGCGCUCCAGGGGCUGGAGCAGCUGCUGAACCAGGACUGCAGCGGGUCAGAUUGGAUCGAGCUGGCCAAGCGCCUUGGGCUCUGCAGCCUGGUGGAGACCUACAAGGACACCCCCUCGCCCAGUGUCAGCCUCCUGCGCAGUUACGAGCUGGCGGGGGGCAGCCUGGGGGGGCUGCUGGAGGCGCUGGACUCCAUGGGGCUCCGCAAGGCCGUGAGGAUGCUCCACAAAACUGAGGCACUGGAGAAGUUGCAAAGCACAGAGCUGAAGGAAGACAGUGCCUAUGGCAGCGAGUCGGUGGAGGAGGAGCAGGCACCCACACUGGCCCUGAAGCCGGGGGGUGAGCUGCCCCACAGCCAGCAGCCGCAAGUGCACUGAGGGGCCGGCAGCCAUUACAUCCACCUGGGGGUCUGCAUCACUCCCCUCCCCAGCCCUGCCAACACAAGUGCCUUCUGGACUUGCCAGGACUCAGGGGGCAGGACACAGCUGGCUCAGGACACAGCUGGCUCCUGCCCUUCUCUGCUCUUAUUUAAUGGUCCCUCUUCUGAAUAAAGGGACACUGUUUCCAUUA